UAAAAAUCAAACGAGCCACCCGAAAGAGACAACAUGACCUCCACUUAGGCUCUACAAUUAGACCUUUUUUUAAAUUCUGAAGAAACAGUGCCUAACGUACUACAGCGUUCAGCGUCGAAAUGAUCCUAGGACUGCCCUUGAGGAAUAGAGUAGUCCGUUGUGCUGCAUUGGUUACAGGAUGGGCUGGGGCUGUCAUACUCCCAAAUACCAUAGGAAUAAAAUUCCUGGAAGGAACAUUCCAAAAUAUGCCAUACUUCAAAGAGAUCAAAGUUGAGCCAGAAACAUUGUCAAUUUACAAUGAGGUGGUUGAGGACAUUUACAAAUCACGAGGAAAACCAGUCCACACAGAAAAUAUUGAUGUCAGACUGACCAGUCAAAUCUACCCAUAUGCUUACUUCAAGGGAUGCCCAGAGAUAGCACGGACGCUUAUUUUACUACCCUUUGGAUGCCGGCAUAAAGCAAAUGAUGUGUUCUACUACCACAUAAACAUAUCAGGCCGUGAACUGUUGAAGGAGGUUUGCGUAUUAACUGAAAAUGAGAAGAAGUUCAUGAUGGCUGAAGCUUUGCUCAAGAUAGAAGACAAAUAUGUUCAAUUCCGCCUCAUUCUUGGCGCUACUUUGAUAGUUGCUGCUCAUGGAAUCCUGAAUUACAUUGUUAAUCCUUUGAAUAAGCAAUUGAAAGUGGUCAUUGAUGCAGAUGCUAUUCGGGCAAUAGGGACCGAGGAAUUUUUGUCCGAAAAAUACAGACGUCCUAGGAUUUUAAUAAAUAGAGCAGCUACGAUUUAUAAUGUGGCGUCAGCAGUGAUAUAUGCUUCUGCUAUUGGUUUGUACUUUAUUCUCCGGAGGCGGUACUGCAUUGAAUCUGAAGAGAAAGUGAUAAAAAAAGUUUGUGCGUUGGGACCAGCUUAUGUGUCUGGAGGGAAAGAGUGUUACUAUAAGAAAUUGGAGUCAAAUAUAUUGCGGAGAACAAGGCAUGGUGCAUCUAAUUUAUUUGAAGAACAAGGAGAAGUAGUUCAGUCGUGGUGGAAGGGCAACAGAUUUAUGUCCAAUACUUUGCCUCUGAAAUACAAAUUGGCGUUGUAUUCUGAAGAAGAACAAAGGUGCUCAUAUAACAUUGAUAGUUGAUUUUUACUGUGCUGUCGAUUGAAAGCGAAUAACAAAUUAUUGCAUUUGAAUGUUGUUAAAUGCUGUGUCAAUUCAAAUUUGCACUGUAUUUUGAAAAAGAACAUAGCCUCUCAUCUAAUGAUGAUAGUUCAUUAUUACUCUGCUUUAGUCAAUUACGAAAAUCUUCUAUUCAAAUUAAUUCCUGUUAAAUGCCGUAGUGUUUCAUAUUAAGUAAAGAGCACAAGUUUGAAAAAUAAUGAUUAAUAUAUUACACAGUAACACUGCCUGAUUCUUUAACUGUCAUUGAAUGUGUUGGAUUCUUUAUAUAUUGAAUUUUAUUUAUAAAUUAUAAUUAUGAAUAAAAAGUAAGUUUGA